CUGCUCGCGUCAUCUGGGCUGCCGACGCCCUCGGAGCUGCAGCCUAGAUUCGGCUCCUCUGGGGCAGAGGGCCUGGUGCGCAAGCAGUUUCAGGAGUUCGAGACUUGGCGUUCUCAACAGGGCGGCUCCAGCAGCUCUCCGCCGACCGGGUCGGAGGAGGUCGACCAGGCUAAGCAGAUGGAGGCGUCCAAUCUCAGCGCUCUCGAGGGCUACUGCGAGGCUGUAGUCAUCUGGUUCGAGGGCUCAGGCUGGAGCGGCGACAUCGAGACGUACCUCAACGUCUGGAGCGACCCCAUCUUCGAGCAUUCUGGGGCAAGCGGCGGCCGCUGGUCACUCUUGUCGUCGCGAGGUGAAGAGGUCAAGCUGAAGGGUCUCGCCGUGCAGGAGUGGAGGCAGUUCAGGCAGUCUGACGAGGCCGACUGGCGGGUGCUCAACAGGCCGAACUUGCCGGGGAUACUCGGCAAGAAGGAGCCCACUCGCGUGCUUCGGACGCGUCCAGAGCAAGUGCUGUCUUCCAGGAUGGCUCGCAGAUGGAAGGCUCAGGAGGGGGCCUUCAGUGCGCCGAAGGCCGAGAGCCGCCGGUGCGUCCACGGCUUCGCCGACCCCGGCACAGAGCAUCCAGUGACCUACUCGCCGUCGGAAUCGAUGAUGCUGUUCGAUGGGCGCGACUUAGUCCAGAGUGUCGUGGACUGCAAGAACGCCUUCAGCCAGUCGCUGAAGCUCCGUUGGUCUGGAGGUCCUAUGUGCGUGGCUCCCUGCGAGGGGCUGACAGUCAUCCAUGUCCCGGAGGGCUGCUUGAUCGAGCUCCGCGUGGCCGUCUGCGGGCUCGAUGACGCGCCCUGGGAGUGGCGCGUCGCGAUCACUUCCUAUCUUCGAGUGCUGAUCGAGGUGGGCGACCUCUGGCUCGGGGCCGCUCCGACUCGCGCCGAGUGGCUGGCAGACUCGAUGAAGGCCGGAUUCCCCUGCGGCACGUGGCGCGGUAAUGGGGCGGAGUUCGCGUGGCGCCGCGUGCGCCGGGAGCGCAGCCGAAUCCGCGUGUACCACGAGAAGUACAUUCUCGAGGGAACUCAUCCCAUCAUCCUCGAGAAGUGCCGCCGCUCCGAGCGCCGGGGGUCUCUGGGCCGCUCCGAGUUCGAGCAGCCCAGGUCCGGCAUCUAUCGGAUCAACUGGGCGGCGAGGGAGACUCGACUGGAAGUCAAAGUCUCGGGCGCUGGCUCCAUACUGGCCAGCAGGUUGCAGCAAGCCGUGGUGGGUGAUAUCGUGAUAUUCAAUUGGGCAGUCCAGAUGCUGCGUAACACGGCGUCUCAGUACUUGACGAUGUUGCGCCGCGACCUGUCCCGCGUCGUGAGCUUAACUUUGAGUAACACGGCCGGGAUCGGCGCCGACUCGCCGAUCCA